GCGACGUCUGGGAGGAGUAGGCAGGAUGGAGGCGUUUUUUACAGAGGGGGCCCGUGUUUGGGUCAGAGAGAAGGAGCAGCUGGUUCCCGCCACGGUCAACUCUUGUGGGGAUGGAACUCUGGUCGUCACAACCGACUAUGGAGAGGUGUUGUACCUGCAGCAGGCGGAGGUCACCAGGGAGAAGGUAUCCGCUAUGCACCAGUCAAGCAUUGAUGGGGUGGAGGACAUGUCCGCUCUGGCUGAUCUACAUGAGGCCGCCAUCAUGCACAACCUGUAUCAGCGCUACAAGAAGGAUAACAUCUAUACUAACAUCGGCAGCAUCCUGGCAGCCGUCAACCCCUACAAGCAGAUCACAGGUAUGUACAACCCAGAGACGGUGGACCUGUACUCCAAGCACCACAUCGGGGAGCUGCCUCCACACAUCUUUGCUGUGGCUAAUGAAUGCUACCGAUGCAUCUGGAAACGCCAUGACAGUCAAUGUGUCCUCAUCAGUGGUGAAUCAGGGGCAGGGAAGACGGAGAGCACUAAACUGUUGCUUCAGUUCCUAUCAGUGAUGAGCCAGAACUCUUCCGGGACUCCUCCAUCAGAGAAAACCACAAGGGUGGAGCAGGCCAUCGUGCAGAGCAGUCCAAUCAUGGAAGCUUUCGGUAAUGCAAAGACUGUUUACAACAACAACUCCAGCCGCUUUGGGAAAUUCAUCCAGCUUCACUUCUCAGAGGGUGGAAACAUCCAGGGAGGAUGUGUCAUUGACUAUUUACUGGAAAAGAACCGGGUGGUUCGACAAAACCCUGGAGAACGAAACUACCACAUCUUCUACGCUCUGCUGGCGGGAGCUAACAAGGAGCAUAAAAGCCAGUGCUUCUUGGAGGAUCCUGCUGAAUCUUUCCACUACCUCAGCCAAUCAGGGUGUUUGAAAGACAAGAGCCUGAACGACAAAGAGCUGUAUACCAGCGUUAUGGAGGCGCUCAAAGUGUUGCAGUUCACAGAGGAGGAGAUCAGAGACAUGUUUAAGCUGCUCUCAGGAGUUUUACAGCUGGGAAACAUUGAGUUCAUGCUUGCAGGAGGAGCCCAGAUCACCACCAAGCAAGUGGUCAGUAAUGCCAGUGAGCUGCUGGGCUUGGAUGCCUUCCAGCUGUCUGAAGUCCUGACUCAGCGCUCUAUAAUCCUCAGAGGAGAGGAAAUCUGCUCCCCGCUCACUAUCGAGCAGGCCGUGGAUUCCCGGGACUCUGUUGCCAUGGCGUUUUAUUCCCAGUGUUUCUCCUGGAUCAUCCUCAAGAUCAAUCAGAAGAUCAAAGGGAAGGAAAACUUUAAAUCCAUCGGCAUCCUGGACAUCUUUGGAUUUGAAAACUUUGAGGUGAAUCGCUUCGAGCAGUUUAACAUCAACUAUGCCAACGAGAAACUUCAGGAGUACUUCAACAAGCACAUCUUUUCCCUGGAGCAGCUUGAGUACAACAGGGAAGGUGUCCAGUGGGACGCCAUCGACUGGAUGGACAAUGCAGAGUGCCUGGACCUCAUAGAGAAGAAACUAGGCUUGUUGGCACUCGUGAAUGAAGAGAGUCGAUUCCCCAAAGGAACAGACUUCACUCUGCUGGAGAAGCUGCACAGCAGACACUCUACAAACCCUUACUACGUGAAGCCCAGACUGGCUGACCAUCAGUUUGGUAUCAAACAUUAUGCCGGCGAGGUCCUUUAUGAUUCUAAAGGUAUACUGGAGAAGAAUCGAGACACUUUCAGAGAUGACAUCCUGAACAUGAUCAAAGACAGCCGACUGGACUUCAUCUAUGACUUGUUCGAGAAGGUCGGCAGCAGAAACAAUGAGGAGAAGAUGGGAACAGCGAGACGCAAACCCACCGUGAGCUCUCAGUUCAGGGACUCCCUGCACGCUCUCAUGGCCACUCUGAGCGUAUCAAACCCUUUCUUUAUCCGCUGCAUCAAGCCCAACAUGGAUAAGAAUCCAAAUAAGUUUGACCCAGAGGUGGUCAUAAACCAGUUGAGGUAUUCUGGGAUGUUGGAGACUGUGAAGAUCAGACGGGCUGGGUUCCCCGUUCGCAGGACGUUCAAAGACUUCUUCUCUCGAUAUAAGAUCAUUGCGAAAGAGAAAGCACCAGCAACAGGGGACGAUAAAAAGAGAAGUACAGACCUUCUGACUAAAUAUGACAAGACAAAAAAGGAGUGGCAGUUUGGCAAAACAAAGGUGUUUAUGAAAGAGGCUCUGGAGCAGCGUUUAGAGAAAGACAGGGAUGAAGUUCGACGCCAAGCUGCUCUGAUCAUUCGAGCUCAUCUGCUCACUUUCUCUGCCAAGAAGUACUUCAAGCGCGCUAGAGCCGGUGUCAUCACCCUCCAGAAACACUUACGGAGGCACAUCCAGCGCAAACAGUUCGUAAAGCAACGUAAAGCAACGCUGGUGCUGCAGAGACACAGGCGAGGUCAGGUGGCACGUACACGUGUCCGAAAGCUCAGAGAGGAGAGGAAGAAGAGGGAAGAGGAACAGAAGAAGAAAGAGGAGGCGGAGAAGAAACCCGUUGGCGAGGGGGCGCAGCAGGAGGCCGAUGGAAAGGCUAAAGAGACAGAUGACAAGGAGGAGGUUGAGGGUGAGGCCAGACAGAUGGAGGAGAUCCUGCUGCUGGAGCGAGAGAUUGAACGCCUGCAGAAGAAGAGAGAGGAUGAAGUGUCCCAGUUGUGCGAGUCCUCCAAACAGGAGUUGCAGCUGCGCCGGGACGCAGAACUCAAACGGAUGAACAAAGCAGCGUCGCGCAAGGCCACGCAGCUCAUCGACCUCCUGGAAUUCGGAGGAGUGGACCCCUCAUUGGAAGCAGGUGCAGCCAAACCUGCUGCAGAGGUCAAACCUCCAAAAGCUGCAAGCUCCAGCAGAGGAGCAUCCAAAGACGAGGAGGUGGAUGAAGGUUUUCAUGCAGAGGAUGAGUGCAUCCCUCUUCCUGACUUCCCUCCUCCUGCUGAGACGGACGCUCCUCUGGAUCAGGAGAUAUUUGCCCACCUCCCUCCUCCACCGCCUGCGUUUGCAGAGGGAACAGUCCCUACACCUCCUCCUCCACCUCCUCUCCCUGCAGAUGGCAUCCCAAGUGCUGGAAUUCCUCCACCUCCUCCUCUUCCACCCCCUGGAGAUGGUUCAGCUGCCCCUCCUCCUCCUCCUCCUCCUCCUCCACAUCCCUCAGGAGGAGAAGGGAAGAAAGACGGAGCCAAGGGUGAGUCUGAGAGGAAAGUGAGCAUGGUGGAGAGCCUGGUGGAUGGGGACGAGCCGAUAUACAGCAUGCCUGCCGACACAGAGUCCGACUAUGACCAGGAGGAAGAAGAUGGGUCUGUUACUGCUGGAGACGACAGCUCUGUGUCUGGAAGCAACCGAGGAAGCACAACGGUGACUGACGAGGAGCACCCGAGGAAGUCAACCUGCACCAACGCCAGCAUUGAGUCCUACAGAGGCAGCUCUGACUCUUACGCUGACAGUGAUGAUGAACACGACGGCAUGAUGGACACCGAUGAGGAAGUGACUAAUGGCAGGGUGACUUUGCUGAAUGGAAACGGGCCACCGUAUUUCCACGGUUACCUCUACAUGAAGGCUGGUCUGAUGAUUCCGUGGAGGAGGCGUUGGUGUGUGCUGAAGGAUGAAACCUUCAUGUGGUUCCGCUCCAAACAGGAGUCUCUGAAGUCCGGCUGGCUCUACAAGAAGGGAGGAGGCCUCUCUACUCUCUCACGGAGAAACUGGAAGAUGCGAUGGUUUGUACUGAGGGACAACAAACUGAUGUACUAUGAAAAUGACAGCGAGGAGAAGCUGAAGGGAACCAUUGACAUCCGAGCUGCCAAAGAGAUCAUGGAUAAUCAUGAAAAGGAGAACGCUCUGAACAUCGUGACAGAUGAGAGGACAUAUCAGGUGUUUGCUGAGUCACCAGAAGAUGCAAGUGGGUGGUUUAAUGUGCUCAGGAAGGUGCGUGUGUGCACACCUGAGCAGCUGCUGGAGAUGUCUCAUGAACAGGCCAACCCAAAGAACGCUGUGGGAACUCUCGACGUGGGCCUGAUUGACUCUGUCUGCGCUUCAGACAACCCUGACCGGCCCAACUCGUUUGUUAUCAUUACGGCCAACCGUGUGAUCCACUGCAACAGCGACACUCCAGAAGAGAUGCAUCACUGGAUCAGUCUCCUGCAAAAACCCAAAGGAGAUGCCAGGAUAGACGGCCAGGAGUUCCUCGUCAGAGGCUGGCUCCAAAAGGAGAUGAAGACGAACGCUAAGAGCACCUCCCUGAAGCUGAAGAAGCGCUGGUUUGUUUUGACCCACAAUUCUCUCGAUUACUACAAAAGCUCAGAGAAGAACUCCUCCAAAAUGGGAACUCUGGUCCUGAACUCGCUCUGCUCCAUCCUUCAGCCGGAUGAGCGGGUGCACCGAGAGACGGGAUACUGGAACAUCAUCGUGUACGGGAGGAAGCACAACUACCGCCUCUAUACCAAGAUGCUGAACGAGGCUAUGAGGUGGACUGCCGCCAUUCAGGGAGUCAUAGACAGCAAGACUCCCAUAGAGACUCCAACUCUGCAGCUCAUCAGAGACAUCAAGGAGAACAGUGUUAACCCAGAUAUUGUGGAGCAGAUGUACAGGAGGAACCCUAUCCUCAGAUACACUCAGCAUCCUCUACACUCCCCUCUGCUGCCCCUGCCCUACGGAGAGGUCACCAGCUUACAUAGGCAGCAGGGCUAUGCAAGCCUGCAGGAUGAGGCAGUGCGAGUUUUCAACUCACUGCAGGAGAUGGAGACUCUGGCAGACACGGUACCCAUCAUUCAGGGGAUCCUUCAGACCUGCCAGGACCUGCGCCCCCUCAGGGAUGAGGUAUACUGUCAGGUGAUCAAGCAGACCAAUCAUGUGCCUCAACCUAACAGCCCAGCCAAUCGGGCACACUGGCAUCUGCUCACCUGCAUGAGCUGCACCUUUCUACCCAGUCGAGCCAUUCUCAGAUACCUCCGCUUCCACCUCAAGAGGGUACGUGAGCGCUUUCCUGGCACAGAUAUCGAGCGCUACGCUAGUUUCAUCGGGGAGUCCCUGAAGAAGACCAAGACUCGUGAGUUUGUUCCCUCUCAGGAGGAGAUCGCCGCCCUGCUGGUGAGACAAGAGAUGAGCACCACUGUCUACUGCCAUGGGGGAGGCUCCUGCAAGAUCUCCAUCAAUUCACACACCACAGCUGGAGAGGUGGUAGAGAAGCUGAUCAGAGGUUUGGCCAUGGAGGAAAGCAAGAACCUGUUCUCUCUAUUUGAGCACAACUCCUGCACAGAUCGUGCUUUGGAGAGCAGAGUGAUUGUGGCUGAUGUUCUGGCCAAGUUUGAAAGACUGGCAGGCAGUGAAGAAGAAGAGGAGGAAGGAGAAUGGAAACUCUACUUCAAGCUCUACUGCUUCCUGGACAUGGAGAGCAUGCCAAAAGAAGGAGUGGAGUUUGCAUUCAUGUUUGAGCAGGCCCAUGAGUCUCUGAUAAGCGGUCACUUCCCGGCCUCAGAGGAAACUCUGCAGCACCUGGCCGCUUUACGUCUCCAGUAUCUCCACAUUGAUGGAGCAGGUCGGGCUGGGUGGAGUCUGGGAACUGUUUAUCCAAUCAGCCGCCUCCGCAAUCGCAUCCUCCACUCCACAAAACCGGGCGUAGGGGCAGCAGGUGGAGCAGGAGGAGGAGGGGCAGGAGGAGCAGGUGAAGGGAAGGGUACAGUAGGGGGACAGGGAGGCAUCCCAGUGGGGGUGGAGAAGCGAAAGACCCCAAGCUUCCUGGAUGGCACCCUGAGGAGGAGCUUCAAGACUGGAUCACUGAAGAAGCAGAAGGUGGAGGAGGAGCAGAUGCUGGAGAUGUGGGUGAAGGAGGAGACGUCGGCCACACGGACCAGCGUUCUAGAGAAGUGGACCAGACUGCAGGGCAUGCCUCAGCAUCAGGCCAUGCUGAAAUAUAUGAGCAUUAUCAAAGAGUGGCCGGGAUAUGGAUCCACUCUGUUUGAUGUGGAGUGUAAAGAGGGAGGAUUCCCUCACGAUCUGUGGCUGAGUGUGAGUGCAGACAACUUGUCAGUGUACAAACGAGGUGAACCAAAGCCUCUGGAGACCUUCCAGUACGAACACAUCACCUUUUUUGGUGCGUCACAGCCCUGCACCUACAAGAUCAACGUGGAUGAGAGGGAGAUGUACUUUGAGACGCCACUGGUUGGGGAGAUCACAAAGAUCAUGAGGGCCUACAUCAACAUGAUCGUGAAGAAGCGCUGCAGCAUUAUGUCAGUGACCAGUGUCGCCAGCGCCUGGGUCAGGUGAUCGCCACCAACCGAUCAGAGCCCUCAGUUAAUCCGGCUAUAACGGACACCUCAGCUCUCCUGCAUCGGGUGGUUGGUUUGUUGGUAUUGAUGGAGGCAGCCACACCAACCAGCUAAUCCUCAAGGCCGAAUUGAAAUGUGGUGGAUGAGCGGAGAUGGAAGUGAAAACAGAAGCCAACUGCACACUCUUCAGGCAUGGGUUUCACUUCGGAUAGGGGAUCUAUUUAAAAACAAGCAUGAGAAAGAAAACUUGUAUCUCUGGACGGUUCUUUCAAAUACAUACAUAACCAGCUCUCCAGUUGUAGUCCUGCAUGCAGAUGUUCAAGCACACUCCAAACUUCUCUCUGCUUUCCUUUUCUGGACAAAACCGUGAAAACAAGCACAAAAAACGCCACCCAGUCCCGACCUAUCCCCUCUUUUCAACCCAACGCACUGCCAAACAGAAGAAAGCCACACUCUCUCAGUUUAAAUCUGUUUCUUUCUCACUCAUCUAAUCUCAGACUCUCUCUCUUUCUCUUCACAUGUCCUCACUCCUGUUUGCAUCUUAGUUUGGUAUUAAGUUAUAAUGCUGAAUUCUUGUUCUAUGCUUGCUUUCUCUCGAUCUCUCUGUCGUUGUUUAUCUGUAACAUCAGCUGUUUGUGACUGAGAAAAAGGACUCCUGAUGAUUCUUCUUCGGGGCUGACUGACUGGAAAAAGAAGAUCAGUUGCCCGCUCGUCAGUGCCACUGUGUGGCCACAAGAAGAAAACACAGCCAAAGGAAGUGGCUUUAAAUAAUUCUGAAGAAUAUCAAUUAGAAUUUUUAAGUAUAGUCUGUGCUUUGGAGACUCUUCUGUCAUGUUUAGCUUGACGUGGAGAGUCUGUGCAUGGCCUCAAAAGGAGAACUUUAUCAACCAGAAUAGUAUAAAAAGAAAACAUUUCCCUAUAUAUGUCUACAUGUAACACACACUACAUAUAUCCACUGUAUAUUCACAUACAUGUACACUUGAACAUGUAUCGUUUUGUACUGUAUAUCACACAUUAUAAGAGUUAUUACUGAACUUUUGGUGGCUAUUGCACUGUACAGAAUAUAGAUGCCAAUGUGACACCUCUUGUGUAAAAUACAUUCAAGUGAAUGGUGUUAAUAAUGUCUGAAUAUGAUGCCAAUAUUGUACAUCAUCCACUGGCUGUGCCAUCAGUGUGACUCACAGACAAAUGAGGAUUAAUAGUAGAAACACACACCAGAAUGAGACUGGAUUUCACAGUGUUUUGAUGGAUUUAUCAUAGUUAUGUGUGGGACUCACUCUGCAGGAUUUAUUGGAGCCACAAAAAACUCCCCAUCUUUGUUUUCAAGCUAUUCUUACUUUUUCUAUUUAUUUAAACUUGAACAAUAAGUCAUAAGAGCUCCAUUUUGUCUGUGUUUCAAUCCUGUUUAAGAACAUGUGACUUUUAAAACUGAUGAUAUUAUAAUAACUGUAUGCCCCCUGCUAUCUUAA